AUGUCUUCAUCGUGUGGAGCGCUCAAAAUCCCAGAAAUGUUUUUGCGUGCUGCUGCGAGAAAGAAAGCAGCAUCGACCUCAAAUGAAAGCAUCGCGCAUAUCAGUCACGUUGAGGGAGCAUCUGAUUCGGUGAAUGUUGCUUCGGGUGCUGUUGAGAAUGGCGUUGAUAAAAAAGAGCGAUCAACUGACGGAUUGAAUGAUGAGACGAGAGUGACGGAUGAGAAUGAUAAGCAGAUUGCAACUGAUUUGAAUAGUAAAAUAACGACAUCAUUGAAUCACAGCGAUGAAAAUAGUUCUAGGUGGAUUGUUUCAUUGAUUAUUGGAUUCAAUGAGCAACAGAUUUCAUUGAGCAAUAUUUCAGACGUUUCUUUAUCGUUUCCAGUCGCACCAACACAGAAAGCUUCAGUUGAUCACUUGAAGAGUUUACUGACAGAUUCUGGCUGGAGACGAGCACUUGAUAUGGAACUGCGUAAAGAAUAUAUGCAUAAAAUUGUUCGAUUCCUAGAGGGUGAACGUGAGAAGGGUAUUACUGUAUAUCCACCUCGUGAGCUGAUCUUUAACGCAUUCAAUCUAACUCCGCUCUCUGAGAUUCGUGUUGUGAUUAUCGGUCAAGAUCCGUAUCAUAACGAGAAACAAGCCCAUGGCUUAUGCUUCUCGGUUGCAAAAGGAGUUCGUCCACCUCCAUCAUUGGUUAAUAUUUAUAAGGAGAUGAAAGAAGACAUUCCCAAAUUUACGAUACCUAAUCACGGAUGUCUUGAAUCUUGGGCUCGUCAAGGCGUUUUCAUGCUGAAUGCAACACUCACCGUUGAAGCUCAUAAGGCAAAUUCGCACAGUGCAAUUGGAUGGCAGAAAUUCACUGACGAAGUGAUUCGUAUUGUGUCAAGAAAUCGAAACGGUGUUGUUUUCUUGCUGUGGGGUGGAUUUGCACAUAAAAAAGAGGCACUCGUUGAUCGUAAGAAACACACUAUCAUUAAGACUGCGCAUCCAUCACCACUGAGCGCUCGUCUCUUUAUGGGAUGUCGCUGCUUUUCGAAGACCAACAACGCUCUCAUCAAACUCGGUAAACCAGCAAUUGACUGGGCGUCACUUUAA